AUGGAGUGUUUUCCACAUCCUCUUCUCCCUCAGACUCCAUUCCAACCCUCGUCUGUCAAAAACACUGCCAGUGUCUAUUACAGCUCAGAGAUUUUCCAAGUAGCAUUGAAAUGGAAGGGACAUACUAAUGCUAGUGAACUGCACUGCCUACGGCAGGACUCCGAGAAUGCACCUGAAUUCCAGGAGAAGUGUGCCAGCAGCUCACAGUCUUGCCAGAACUACCCUGACACCAGUCUAGGCACUGAUAAAGGUGUUGCUGUAGCAACACAGACCUUACCCCUGGCGGAGGAGGACGGCGGCUCGUGGGAGACGGGCCGCGUCUCGGAGUGGCCCUGGAAGUCGGGCAGGAUCCGGGCGGUCUCGCACACGGACAUAUCCAAACCGGACCUGAAGGUUUGUGUAGAAUUUGAUGAUGAGCCGUGGGAGAAGAGAAGAUGGAUAGAGGUUUAUAGCCAUAAAAUGAAAGCAUUCCUGGUAGAGCAAAAACUGGUGCUGGCUGAAAGAAGAUCUCAUGCCAGUGCUAUGUCUCCGGUCCAGUGGCCUGCAAUGACUUACAAAUCCUUAUUGGACAAGGCUGGUUUGGGAUCAAUGGUUUCAGUACGCUAUCUUGGUGAAGAGAGAUGUGUUUUUCUUUCUCAAGACCUUUUGACACCCAUUCAGGAUGUGGAAAGUUCCAGGCUUCCUCUUAUGGAUGAUGAAAAUGUUAAUGAAGAAAUUCAGGCUUUGGUUAAGAAACACCUAGAUGAAACCCGCUUGGUACAAGGUGGCAAAAAUAUCAUUGGUUCAAAAAUCAGAAUUUAUAGUCUGGAUCCAUCUACCCAGUGGUUCACAGCAGUCGUUGUAAACGGUAAUCCGGCUACCAGGACUCUAGAAGUCGACUGUCAGGAGAUUCCAGCUUUAAAAACACUUGAUCCAGAGUUAAUUCAUGUUGAAAUCAUAUACGACAAUAAUGGAAAAUGUGAUAAAUCUAAAAGAAAUGGGGGCACAAAAAGGAAGUCUUCUGAGACAAGUGGAUGUGUUGAUGCUAAACAUACAAAAUCUUCUCCUGAGGUUUCUCCUGGUCAGGGACAUGUGCAGUCAGUACCAACAGUGUUUGGUGAAGCAUUGUUAGGAUGUACUCCUGCUAAUAAAGACCAAAAGCAUCAAGGACUGCCCCUGCCAGCUAACUCUCCUCCCAAUCUUGGUGCAGAAACUCCUCAGGGCACAUGUAGACGAAGCUUACCAGAAACACAUCCUUCUUGUCUUAAUGCUGGAAUUAAACCAUUGAAAGAAGAUCUGACUGCCUUUCCUAAAGUGGAGUUUAGACAUAAAGAACAAACGCAAAAUCCCAAUGAUCAGAAUGCAAUAUCCAGAGUCAGUAGCACUAUGGAACUGCAGAGGACUUUAGAUUGUAGACCCUCAACAUCAGAUGCUCAUCUUACCUCCUUUACUGAAUCUGGAGUUAAAUUGCAAAGCAAUUGCAAUAGUCAGAACAGCCGCAAAGGAAGCAAGAUUGAGGAACAUACAGACACGGAAUUUUCUUUUAGAAGAAAUUCAAAUGAAAUUCUCUUUGAGAGAAAUGAAAACGAAAGCAUUUGGACUGGAAGCACUAAGGCUCAGGAUAAUAUAAUGGUUCGCAAGUCAAUUUUGGCAGAUGCUUCUAAAGUGAAGAAGCUGCAGCAAAGUGGAGAAGCAUUUGUACAGGAUGGUUCCUGCAAUAAUAUCGCACCUCACUUGCAUAAGUGCAGGGAAUGCCGUCUGGACAGUUACCGAAAGAAUAAAGAGCAAAGAGAUUCCACUGUCUUUUGCAGAUUCUUCCACUUUAGGAGGCUGCAGUUUAAUAAACAUGGAUUGCUACGUGAGGAAGGUUUCUUAACUCCAAAUAAGUAUGACCCUGAGGCUAUUAGCUUGUGGCUACCUUUAUCAAAAAACGUUGUGGGUCUAGAUCUAGACACAGCAAAGUAUAUUCUAGCCAACAUUGGAGACCACUUCUGUCAACUGGUGAUAUCUGAAAAGGAAGUUAUGUCUACAAUUGAACCACACAGACAAGUAGCCUGGAAGCGUGCAGUUCGUGGAGUUAGAGAAAUGUGUGAUGUCUGUGACACCACAAUCUUCAACCUUCAUUGGGUCUGUUCUAAGUGUGGCUUUGGCGUAUGUGUGGACUGUUACAGGAUGAAGAAAAAAAGCUUACAUCAAGAUGAUGAAUCAGAUACUUUCUCCUGGUUUAAAUGCGUGAAGGGGCAGGUACAUGAGCCAGAGAAUUUAAUGCCUACACAAAUAAUUCCUGGAAAAGCUCUCUAUGAUGUUGGUGACAUUGUUCACUCUGUAAGAACAAAAUGGGGAAUAAAGGCAAAUUGUCCUUGUGCAAAUAAGCAGUUCAAGGCACUAUCAAAGCCAACUCUAAAGGAGGAUGCCAAACAGACCUUGGUACCUGGAGAGAGGGCCGGCUUUCAACAUAACAAUUUUGUCAUAGGUCCGCAAGUCACUACGCAUGAUCCUGCUGUAAAAUCAGUGAUUGGAAAUAAACAGGCUGCUUCAGUAAAUACUUCUCCUUCAUUAAGUUGGCUAUCAAAUCUAACAAGUGGAAAUGUGAAUAAAGAAAACAAAGAAAAACUCCUCAUCCCCAUUUCAAAGAAUGAAAAUAAACCUCUUCAGACACUCCCUAGUUUAGCCAAGCCUGCUGCGGCCUUGCAGACAUUCAACAGUGCAAUAUUAACACCUGUGAGCAACAAUAACACAGGUUUCUUGCGGAACCUAUUGAACUCUUCUGGAGGAAAGACAGACAAUGGACUCAAGAGUACACCGAAAAUCCUGGAUGACAUUUUUGCUUCCCUGGUGCAAAAUAGAACCAUUACGGAUUUACCUAAGAAACCUCAAGGAUUGACUAUAAAGCCUACUAUAAUGGGUUUUGAUACACCUCACUACUGGUUAUGUGAUAACCGCUUGCUAUGUCUUCAAGAUCCCAACAAUGAAAGUAAUUGGAAUGUCUUCAGGGAAUGCUGGAAGCAGGGACAGCCUGUGAUGGUGUCAGGAGUGCAUCACAAGUUAAAUGCAGAACUCUGGAGACCGGAGUCCUUUAGGAAGGAAUUUGGCCAACAGGAAGUAGAUUUGGUUAACUGCAGGACCAAUGAAAUUAUCACUGGAGCUACUGUAGGGGAUUUCUGGGAUGGAUUUGAAGAUAUUUCAAGCCGCCUGAGAACAGAGGAAGGAGAGCCAAUGGUGCUGAAGCUUAAAGACUGGCCUCCAGGAGAAGACUUCAGAGACAUGAUGCCUUCUCGGUUUGAUGAUUUGAUGAAAAAUAUUCCAUUGCCAGAAUACACUAGAAGAGGUGGCAAGCUCAACCUUGCCUCUCGACUUCCCAGCUAUUUUGUACGACCGGAUUUAGGCCCCAAGAUGUACAAUGCAUAUGGCUUAAUAACACCAGAGGAUAGAAAAUAUGGCACAACGAACCUCCAUUUAGAUGUGUCUGAUGCAGCUAAUGUUAUGGUUUAUGUGGGUAUCCCCAAAGGUCAGGUUGAUCAAGAAGAAGAAGUGCUUAAAACCAUACAAGACGGUGAUUCUGAUGAACUGACGAUUAAGCGCUUUACUGAAAGUCGAGAAAAACCUGGAGCUCUGUGGCACAUUUAUGCUGCUAAAGAUACAGAGAAGAUCCGGGAAUUUCUUAAAAAGGUUGCUGAAGAACAAGGUCAAGAAAAUCCUGUAGAUCACGAUCCUAUUCAUGAUCAAAGUUGGUACUUGGACCGAUCUCUAAGAAAACGUCUUCAUCAAGAGUAUGGAGUUCAAGGCUGGGCUAUUGUACAGUUUCUAGGAGAUGUAGUUUUCAUUCCAGCGGGAGCUCCACAUCAGGUUCAUAACUUGUACAGUUGUAUUAAAGUUGCAGAAGACUUUGUAUCCCCAGAGCAUGUCAAACAUUGCUUCUGGCUCACUCAGGAAUUUAGGUAUCUGUCACAUACGCAUACGAACCAUGAAGAUAAAUUGCAGGUGAAGAAUGUUAUAUACCAUGCUGUUAAAGAUGCAGUUGGGAUACUGAGAGCUAAUGAAUCCAGCCUUAGCAGACCGUAAAGUAGAAAGCCUUAACCACACACUAUGAAACAGAAGCGUUGGCAGCUGUUUUAACUAUUCAGUCAGGACCUCUGUGGACUUUGAGAUUAUAUGAAUGUUACCUCAUCUUCCUUUCAGCAGUACCAGAGGAUUGUGGUACUAUGUUCUGUGUAUUCUUCCAAUGUUUACAAACCUGAUAUGUAUAUGUAGUAAUAUGUAUGGACUGUGGCAUACUGUGAAUGCUCAGUUGCAAUAGAACUUUAUACGGAGUUACUCUCCAAACUGUACAAAAUACCUCCUAUAGAACUGUCGGAAACUAUUCCAAAUUACUCAUUUGAAAAAUAUUAUUCAAGACGUGUUGUAAAGCUCCAAUUUUUUAAAUUUAUUUUGGGGUGUGGGGGGGUAUGAAGUCACUCAAUUUAAUAACCAAUUUACAUAAAAAAUAAACUGAGAAUGCAGUUCUGAAAUUUCACAUUAACAUAGAACUAGCAUUUAAAAGUAGCUUUAAGCUAUUGUAUAGUAACAUAGAGAUGGGAGUUAACCAUCCUUAGGUAAAUGUAUUUAAAUUUCUAAAUGUUUAAAAAAACCUUUUAAUCAAAAAAGUCUUCUGUUUGAAACUGAUCUUUAAUUUGAACUGAUGUUUGAUUCUGUUUUUUAACACUGAAUGGUCUACAUAAAAGUCUUCUAUUUCA